ACGGGCGGGGCCUCUCUCUGUGGCUCCGCCCAUCCCUACAGGCUGACAGAUAGGCCUACACAGGUCGGGUGUGAAAACUAAAGUAGAAUUUUCUAGGUGGAGAGUCCAGUACCGCUGGUACAGUAUCUGAGGGAAGAGAAGCUCCGACACUGAGAAGGGUGACCUGCCACCAUGUUCAAGAGAAAGACCAAGACUACUCCUAUAACGCAGUCAAAACCAGCUGCUCCAUCCACAGAAUUGACUGCACUGAUUGAGAAGCUACAGAAGAAUGCUGAUAAAGUGGAGAAGAACAUCUAUGAUGUUGAGCAGAACCUCAACAAGGAUGUGAACAAGAUCAAUGAGGGGAAGCAGCCCUUGUAUCAGGAAGACUCCAACAAGAGAAUCCUCAACUCGCUGGAACUGCUCAGCAGCCUGGAUGAGGAUGCUGCCAACGCAAAACGUCUCAAGCAUCCACAGGCUGAGAUGAUAGAACAGGACAUGAAGCAACUGCGUGAUAGAGUGAGGAAACUAAAGGAGGACCAUGACCGCAUCUACCACCUGGUCCGCACUGAGGGGAUACCGAGCAUCAACUGGGGCAACAUGAUGGAUGAGAAACUGGACAAUCUGAACAACAAGGGCUUUGGCCAGGACCUGCCAUCUGUGGAAAAUGAGGUGGAGGAACACAACAUCUUCCACAGUGAAGUAGAAGCUCUGGCUCCACUCAUCUCCGCCAGCGGUGACAAGGAGUAUGUCAGUGGCCUCCAGAUGAAGUACAAUAAACUCCUGGCCAGUUCCAAUGCUCGUCAGCGCAACCUUCUGAGCCUGCGGGACUACAUGCAGCGCUGUACCAAUGAGUUGUACUGGAUGGACCAACAGGCUGACGAGAGGAUCAACUAUGACUGGAGUGACACCAACCUGGAUUACCCAGCCCGCCAGAGGCAGUAUGAGAACUUCAUCAGUAAAUGUCUAGAGUCCAGGGAAGCCACCGUCACAAAGCUGAAUGAUGAUGGAGAGAAGCUAAUUGCCUCUGACCAUCCAGGAAAGAAUGUUAUUGAGGCUCACAUGGAGGCAGUCCAUGCUGACUGGAAGGAGUACCUGAACCUGCUCAUUUGUGAGGAAAACCAUCUUAAACACAUGGAUGAGUACCAUAAGUACCAGAAGGACGCGCGUGACACUCAGGACCUGCUGAAGCGUAUGGAUACAGAGAUCAAACAGAAAUACAACCCAGAGUUCAAAGAUGUGUAUCAGAUGGAGAUUCUGAUGAGAGAGUUCGAUGACCAAGCCAAGGCCAUGGACCAUUUUGACGAACGGGUCAAGGCUCUUCAGAAGCGCAGCCUACAGGUUUUGCCUCUGAAGUACCGCAGAGAGACCCCCCAAAAGCUGCUACCUGUUGAAGCUCUGUGUGAAUUUGAUACAGAUGAGGGCCAGAUUUUGCGUGGGGAGAGGUACACUCUGCUCCGGAACAAUGGGGCCAAAUGGGAUGUGAAGGAUGCAGCCGGACAUAAAUUUACUGCCCCAGGCAUCUGUUUCAUGAUUCCCCCCACUGACCCUGAUGCUGUGGCCAUCUCUGACGACCUGGCCAGUCAGCAAAAAGCUGUCAAACAGAAUAUGGCAAGCAGCAAGGCAGUUAUGGCCAAACGUUUUGAAGAGCUGAAGAAGGACAGUGGUACUGGCACACCUACAGACAAGCAGGAACAACAGUGCCGCCAGCUGAUGGCAGGUCUGGAUAAGGUUGUCAGUGACCUGGACAAACAGGAGAAGGCCAUUUAUUCCCGAAUACGUCCACCGCUAGAGCAGAACAGACCACUACAGGACAGUACUGACCGCCUGCAGGAUAUGAGGGACAUUGCAGCAGCUGUCAGUAAGAUUGAACCAGAGAAGUCCUCUAAAGUGCAGGAAGCAAAGAGCUUCUUGGUCUCAAACCCAAAGUGUGCCAGUGCUCCUCAGCUUCACAGCAAGGUGGAUGAGGCCAACAGAAAGUACACCAAGAUUGAACAGCUUCUUCAGUGCUCUCAGGAGAAACUGAAGAAUUCCAACAAGCUGGAGACGUCGCUUCAAAAUGGAAAGAACCUUCUGUCCACCUAUGAGAACAAGAUGGCCAGGGAGGAGGUUGCUCCAGCCGACACCUCCUCAUUGGACAAAACACAGCGGGAGCUUGCAGAUAUUUCAUCAGACCUGAGGUCUAAAAGGUCAGUGAUCUCUGACACAGAGGAGAACCUGCGCUUGGCCAAAAACAGCUGUGACAACAUGGCCACCAAAUUCCAAGAGCACUGCCCCGAUAUUGAGAGGCAGGAAGCUGAUGUCCAGAAGCUCAACAAGCGCUUCAACAACCUCAUGAGUCAGGCUGACACCAGGUCUCAAAGCUUGCAGAGAGCCAAGAUGGCAUACAACAAUUACAGAAAUGAUUAUGACAAUCUGAACAGCUGGCUGUCUCGAGUCCCAAACUACGAGCCCCGUGAAACUGAUAACACGAGUCAAGUUGAGACCAAGCUGAAGAAUCAGAGGAACUUGCUCUCUGAUAUUGCAAGAAAGGAAUCUGAUUUGAACAAUGUUUCCAGAAAUGCUCAGCUGUACCAACAAGCUGUCAAAGACUAUGAGACUGAAACUGAGAAGUUCAGAUCUAUCCUGGAUCUUGAGGAUGGACUUGUACCCCAGACGUACAAGAGAAGCAGGCUGGAAUCACCUGCUCUGACAGUCAAGGCAGAGGAAGCUGCUAUUGAGGCAAGGUUUACUGAGGUGAAUGCAGUGAAUAAGCAAAGACUGCAGAAUCUCGAGUUUGCAGACAGUCUUCUCAAACAGCAACCUGAAAUGUCUGCAGUCCAGUCUACAAAUGUCAGGUCAGUCAAUGCUGCUGCCCCAGGAGAUGAGUCUUGGAGAAUCAGGAAGCAGUUGGAAGAUGAGAUUCAGAGGAGGGAACAGCUACAUAAAGAAACUGAGGCCAUCCAAACUGAAAUCUACAUCCUUGAAGGACAGAAGCCCCAGGAUACACUUACCAAGAAAGAGCUGAUCAAAAAGGUUCCUGACCCCCAGCUGGAUGAGGAAGUCCACAAGGCCCAGCAGAAACUUUCAGAGGAGCGACGCAUUACCCAUGUCCUAGAGAAUGACCUUGAAAUACUAAAGGUGAAGCUGCGUGGCCUUGAGACAGAGGCCAAAGAAGGGGCACAGCAAUACACAGUGAAGGAGGUCCUUCGUAUAGAAAGUGAUCGUGCUCAGGCGGAGGAGUUGCGCAAGCUCCGGGAGGAACUGGAUGAGUUAAGAAGGCAGAAGCUGGUGAAAGACAAUGAGCUGAUUGAGAUACAAAAGCAUGUGACAAUUCUGUCUGAACAGAAGAGCAAGGAACAGGAGGUGAUCACUGAAGAGGAAGUGAUCAAAGUUCAGAAUGAUCCCAAACUUGAAACAGAGUACAGAUUGCUCCUUGACAGGAAACAGAAGGAAAUAGAUGACAGGAAGCACCUGGAGGAUGAGCUGAAAUUUCUUCAGGAAAAGCUUCGAAGACUGGAGAAGGAGAAGGCAAUGGCAGAGGAGAAGAUUUCUAUCAAGGAGGUGCUGAAAGUAGAGAAAGAUGCUACCUUGGAAAGGGAGGUAGAAAACCUCAGGAGGCAGUAUGAAGAUGAGAAAACCAAACGAAGAUCAUCACAACGAGAAAAGGCUGACCUCCAAAGGAAAAUUACCAGUCUGGAGGAAGAGAAGUCCAAGGUUGUUGUUCAGGAGAAAGUUCGAGAGAUUGUCCGCCCUGACCCCAAGGCUGAGAAUGAGGUGGCCAAUCUCCGGCUUGAACUUGUAGAGCACCAGAGGCGCUAUAAAGAUGGAGAGCUCCAGCUUAGAUCCCUGCAAGAUGAGCUCACCAUGCUGAGGAACAGAGGACCUCAAGUGGAGGUCAAAGAAAUCAUCAAAGAAGUCAUCAAAUACAAGACAGAUCCACAGACUGAAAGAGAACUGGAAAGACUCCGAAAUGAAAUUGUUGAUAAAACCCACCAGACUGAGAAAUUUGAGAUGGAAAUACGCCAACUUCGUGAUGAAAUUCUAAGAUGGAAGGACACCAAGCCCCAAGUGCAGACAAAAGAGGUGGUCAAUGAAGUGCUGCAAUACAGAGAAGAUCCCAAGACUAAGGAGGAGAUUGAGAGUCUUAAAAGGAAACUGGCUGAUGAACAGAAGAAACGCCUUGAUCUUGAGAGAGACCGGUCAGCCCAAGAAGAGAAGAUCAGAGUGAAGAAGAUGGAUCUGUCUCAGGUCCGCGAAAAGAUUGUUCAGCAAGAAGUAGUCAAGAUGGAAGAAGACCCCCUUCUCAGAUCAGAGUGCAACACCUUCUCAGAUAAUAUCAGCCAAGAGCAGAGACAAAAGGAGAGCCUGAAAGCAGAGCUCUACCAACUGCAGAGACAGAAAGCUGACCUGGAUCUACAACUGGAAGAACUAGAGCGUGAGCGUAAAGCAAGGCGUGAUGCAGAAUUGGAAAUCCAAAGACUUCGGGUCAGGCUUAAUGAGUUGGAGAUUCGUGACAAAGAGAACCGUGAGAAGGUGACUGUCAAACAGAAGGUAGUGCUGCAGCAGGAUCCCCAACAGGAGAAGGAACACUCCAUCCUCAGACUACAGCUUGAUGAAGAAAGGCACAAACGUACUCUGCUUGAGAAAGAACUGAAUGCCCUCAUUCAGCAGCAGCUUACCCUGGAGAAGACGAGUAUUAAGGAAAGAGUUGUCCGUACUGAGAAAGUCCAAGUUGAGAAGGAUCCAGAGGCUGUGAUUGAGAUUGAGAACCUAAAGAGGACCCUGGAAGAGGAGAAAAGGAAAAGGCGAGAUCUUGAGCAGGAGCUGGCCUCAUUCACUUCCAGGCUUUCUGAUAUGGAGUUUUCCAACACCAAGUCCUCUAAAGACCUGGAUUACAUCCGUGAAGAAAGUAGCCGUCUGCAGCAAGAAAACCAAAGGCUGCAGAAUGAUAUUCGCAAGCUUCAAUCUGAAAUUGAGAUCACCAGCAAGGAGACUCGGCUUAUCACUGAGUCUGCCCCAAGGGGGGAUGGAAAGAACUUGGAGUUGAGGCUUGAUUCACUACAGAAGGAACUUGCAGAGCUCAGAGGCAUAACCACCCAGAAGGAUCAGGAAAUUGAGAAGCUUCAAAAGAACCUAACAGCAGUGAGAAUGAAGAGGGAACAGAGGGAAAGCCAUCUUCGUAGGUCUAUUGUCGUCAUUGAUCCAGAUACAGGCAAGGAAAUGAGACCAGAGGAGGCCUACAAACUAGGGCUGAUCGACUGGAAGAUGUUUGUCAACUUGCAGAGUCAGGAGUGUGACUGGGAGGAGAUCACAGUCAAGGGCCCCAAGGGAGAAUCCUCAGUUCUUCAUGACAGAAAAUCGGGGCAAAAGUUCUCCAUAGAUGAUGCAUUGCGUCUUGGGCUCAUCACACAACGCCAGCUUCAGCAAUACAAUAAUAAAGAAAUCUCCAUCCAGGAAUUUGGUGUAAUGGUGUCAGGCAAGAGCAAAUGAAUGCAAACAUUCUAAGAAAACACAUUUUUGGUUUUAUUCUAAAAGAUUACAUCUCUUUCACCUCUGUUUAAAAGCCUCUUUUCAUUUUAUUGUACUUCUAGCCUGUCUUUUAUACUGUGGUGACUUGGCUUUAUUUUGAAUUGUAUCUAUGAUUCAUGAAUGCUCUUUGUAUAAACUUGCUUAUGCAGUUUUGUGGUACGGGCAUGAAUAUAUGGAUUGAUAUUACCAUCAUUACAGCCAACUACAUAGCAUGUGGUAGAAAAAGUUUGUUUAGGUGAGCAUUAAUUUUUUUAGACUGGGUGCUAGGGCCAAGAACAUGCUAUAUCUUUGAUUUAAUAUUAUCUUUGA